AUGACUGAAGAAAAUAAAAGGCCUCACUUGAAAAAGUUAUUGACGUUCCUUACAGAAGCUCCAUCAAAAACUAUUUAAAGAACUAAAACUAUAAGUAUAACCUUUGCUAUUCAUCUUACAAAACCAGUAACUUAAGUCUCAAAACUAAAACGAUUUUUUACCUUAUCAUUUGCAAUUGUAAAAGAAAAAACAAAUUAGAAAAUAGAGAAUUUCUAAAGUAAUCUUUAAAAAACUUAAAAUGAUAAAUAUCUUCAUAAUUCUUCCAAAUUUUCUUGGAAUGGAAAAUUGAAUAUUUAAUAAAAAAGAGAUAAUGAAUAAAAUGAAGAUAAAAAUUAAUAAAAAGUAGAUCAUUUGAAAAGAUGUUUAACUCCUUAAAGUAGAAUUGAAAAUAAUUGCAAUUCAAGUUUAGCUAUAUCUUAAUUAGAUGAUUAAUUAAUUGAUAGAAAUGCAGCAUCUUUUGCUAAUAUGACUUUAGAAUUAUCGAUGAACACAAAUGUUUUAUAUUAAAUGGCUCUACCUUCUAAAGAUACUAAUUAAUCUCAUAGAGAACUAAACUUUGAUGUUAUAUCUAAUCCUAUUUUAGAAAAAUCAGAAUCAUAAGAAAAUAUAAUAAUAGAAUAAAAUUAAGAUGGAAUUAUAGAAUAAGAGUAAAAUACUUAAUAAAAUGAUUAAUAAACUAAUAAAAAUUUUAGUAAAAUUAAAUUUAAAUAAGCUGUAAAUUUAGUAGAGACAUAUAAUAUUGUUACAAAAACUUAUCGACAUAAAUAAAAACUUUUAGAAUUUAUUUAAUAAGCCCCAGUUAAAAUUGUUUUAAAAUCUAAAAUUGUAUUCUCAAAAUCCUAAUGGAAAUUAAUUAUAAAAGGCAACAGUAACGCAAUCUAGAAUAAUGAUAUUAAAGAGGAUAAUAAUAAUAAAAAUUAGUUAAAUAAUUAAGAAUAAAUACUUUUGAAAGAAAAAAAUCUUGUAGAAAUUCUUUAAUAAGAUGCAACAAAUUAGAAUGACAAUCAACAAUAAUAAGUAUUAAUGAUAAAAAAGAAAAUAUCAGAAUUUUAACCAGAUUAGUUAAAUAAAAAUACUACUACUAUUUAGAAUAUAAAUUAAAAUAAUCCUGAUUUGGAGAAUGAUUCUAAAAAACAUUAAAAAAGUGUAGUUAAUUUUAUUGCAAAAAGUGGAACAUUAAUGAAAAAAAAAACAAUUGAUAUGUUUUAAUAAAUAGAAAAUAAAUUAAAAGUUUAAGAAGUAUAGAAAUUAAGUUUUGUAAAUUAAUAAAGUAAUAUAGAAGUAAUAACAAAUCAUAAUAAUUAGUCAAAUAAAAAUGAACAAGAAGAUAAAGAUAAUGUUAAUUAAUUUUAAACAAAAUUUUAAAAUCAAAAUUAAAAUUCUGAUUAGGAUGAAUAUUAAGUUGAUCCAUAUUUAGAGGAAUAAUUAAAAAUAUCAAAAUAAUAUUCAAAUAAAAUUGAAAAAAAUGAUUAAUUUAAUUACAAAGAUGAAAAUUCUAACUAAAUGAAUGAUUUUUAGGCAAACAGUAGAGGAGAAUUGUAUUCUAAUGAUAAGCUUCCUUAAGAAAUUACACAUAUUGAAAAGAAAUCUUUCCAUUAAGAUAGCUCUGAUACAAGUUAAAUGUUUGAUAUUAUAUAAAAAUCUUGUAGUGAAAAUUAGAAAAGUAAAAUAAACAUUCAAGAUAAUCAAUCUAAUUAAUAAUCAAGUAAAUUAUUCAAUAAAGAUAUGUUAAAAUAAGAAUAUGAAGAGAUAAAUUAAGAGAUUUAAUAAUUAAAUAUUCAAAAAUAAUAAUUGCUUCCAAAAAGAAAGUAAAAUUAAAAAUAAUUUAGUGUGUUAAUUAAAAGUACUUUUAAGCCAAACUAUAAAAAAAUGGCUGAAAUUUCAGAUGAUAAUGAAGCAUUAUAUAAAGCAAAAGAUUUAGUAAGAAAAAUGAAUCAAAAUAGAAAAGAUAAGGAGGAAAGAAGUAAAUUUUAAUAUGAAAAAAUUGAAAAAUAUUUCCAUAAUCUAUAAUAUCUAAAAGAAAGUUAAGAGGUUAAUUUUUAUAUAAUAUAAUUAGGAAAUGUAAAAUAGAUAUGAGUAAUAAAGAAAAUAAUAAAUAUAAAAUAGAAUAGAAGACUAUUAAAAAAAAUAAAAAGAGUUUUCUCAAUUAUAAAAGAUAAGUCACAAUUUUGUUUAAAAGUUGAUAAAUGUUGGUCCACAAUAAGGUUAAUUAGCUAAAGAAUUUGAAGACAAUGUAAUUUCAAUAAAAGGAGGAUAUAGAAAAGUGAAAUUAAAGAACUUAGGGAUUGAAUUACCAAAAAUAAAUGGAAAUAACAAUAAUCCUAUGUUUAGAAGGUAAAAAAGUGUUUAUUGUAUAAUAGGUAUAUGAAUGAAGAAGUAGUAAAAUCAAAAUAAGAUGAAAUGAUUAGAAAAUAUGAAGCUAGCAAAUAAGCACUUUUUAAAUCAAUAGAUUGA